CGGGCCUCGCGCCCCUUCCCUCUUCCCCUGCCCGCUCCGCCGCGUCCUGACCGGUGGGGGGGCGGGGCCGUGCGCCUGCGCGGAGCGGACAGUCUGGCGGGGCCGCAGCCGCGGAGUGGCAGGCAGUUGCCGUGGGGACCGCGGGCCCCUCCCUCCUCCGGUCCUCUGCCGGUGGCGUUCCCCACCAAGGCGCGGCCGCCGAUCCGGCUUCCCUGCCGCCGACCCGGCGGAGCUGCAGACGUUGCCCCGCGAGAGGCGGAGCCGCUCCCAAGAUGUCGCAGACGGCCAUGUCCGAGACCUACGAUUUUUUGUUUAAAUUCUUGGUUAUUGGGAACGCGGGGACUGGCAAGUCUUGCCUGCUUCAUCAGUUUAUUGAAAACAAAUUCAAAGAUGACUCAAAUCACACAAUAGGAGUGGAAUUUGGCUCAAAGAUAAUAAAUGUUGGUGGUAAAUAUGUAAAGUUACAGAUAUGGGACACAGCAGGCCAAGAGCGAUUCAGGUCUGUGACGAGAAGCUACUACAGGGGUGCGGCAGGGGCGCUGCUCGUCUAUGACAUCACCAGCCGGGAAACCUACAAUGCGCUUACUAAUUGGUUAACAGAUGCCAGAAUGCUCGCGAGUCAGAGCAUCGUCAUCAUCCUCUGUGGGAACAAGAAGGACCUGGACCCCGAUCGGGAAGUCACUUUCCUAGAAGCCUCCCGAUUUGCUCAGGAAAAUGAGCUGAUGUUUCUGGAAACGAGUGCACUAACCGGGGAGAACGUGGAAGAGGCCUUUGUACAGUGUGCGAGAAAAAUACUUAACAAAAUUGAAUCAGGUGAGCUGGACCCAGAAAGAAUGGGCUCAGGUAUUCAGUAUGGAGAUGCUGCCUUGAGACAGCUGCGGUCUCCACGCCGCGCACAGGCCCCGAGCGCACAGGACUGCGGCUGCUGAAGCAGCGCAGGGAGCACAGGUGUUCAUACAGUGGUGUUUGGGACACAAUUGUUGGAGCUUGAAGAAGUUUUUUUUUUUUUAACCACCAUCUUUUUCUACUUUAAAUGGAAGUAGAUCUUUGUGCAAAAAAAAUAAUUUGGGUUGUUAGGCAAGCUAGUAGAUGUGGCACAGCAAACGUAUAAUAAAUCCAGUUCAGUGGACAAGACCAUUAAAUGUACACAUAUAUGUAAAAAUGUUCUGUUCCGUAUUCGCCCUCUCACCCCAGUUUGAAUCCUGGCUGUGUACUGUAUAUAUGCUACUCCAGUACGUCUCCACAGCAUGGUAUCUGAUGUAUGGUAUGAUCGAUAGAGCGUUGCACUAAAUGCAGUCUAAUACUUUAUUUUUUUUUAAUCGUCUGAACUAAAACCUGUUCAUUGUGAGGUGUGCUUUGAUCAUCGUGUCGGUUAUAUUGCACAGUUGGUUAUGUUUAUGACCUGAUAUUCAGAGACUCUGGCAUUGAUCGCCAAUGCAGUGCUUAGUUAAUUCCAUUUACCACAGUCCACAAUGUGUUAUGUGAGCCACACUCCAAAUACUAGAUCAGUAGUUACUCACAUACCAAAACAAAAUGAAAAAUGGAGUUUUUCCACGAACUUUACACUGUCCAGCACCCUGUUGAUUUUAAAGUAUCUUCAUCAGACCAGUUCAGGAAGUAGAGCUGAGCACCUGCUCUGUCACAGGCACUGUGAUCAGUACUAAAGAUGCUGGUACCUUUAACCAAACUUCCUGGGCAAGCGAUCUACUCUCAGCAUCUGGUCAGUGCAAUAGAUGAACCAUGUACCAGGGGCUGCUCACCUGGUCCCAGUUUGCUGAACCGCCUGGUCUCCCUGUUAGAAAACACAUCGUUUGCUACUGUGCUUUUUCUGGGAUUCAGUAUUAGAGCAUCACUGCCUCUUUUUUAGUCUUUUGUUGUUUCGUGUUCAUUUUAAGGCAACCCACUAAAUCAAGUUAAUUUUAAAGGGACACCACUAAGAAGUUUGUGUACAACUUUUGCCUUAUGACAGUUAUCAAGUUAACAUGUUUUUAAUUCACAUGAGUUAUACUGAAGUCUAAUAUAUAUUGUAUUACAAAGACUUGUUCUAAUAUUUUAGAAUGUUUAUGCAAAAAAUAUAUAAUAGAACUUCUCUUUAAAGUUAAAAUACAGCACUACUUAAAGCUGAAAGGUUUAAAAGCAUUCUUCACCUUACAUGUGUUCUUCCACUGUGACUUUUAGCUGCAAACUGGUAAAUUUCAUUACCUUUAAGUUGGAAGCUGCCUACUGCUUUUGUUGUUUUAACCAACAGAGCACAGCAGCACUACAAACUCUGGGAAGUGACUCGGAUAAAAAUAUCAGGAUAUAGCUGUUUUACGUACUUUAAUUUUGCUUCUUUUAUGUCUCGAAUAUUUGAUUUUGAAAAGUCAGGAUAUGAAGCAAAUUCUCAGACUGAGCUGCUUCUUGGACCUCGCUAGAAGAAUGUUUCAUUCAGUAUCUCAUUUACAGUGGGUUUGCAAGCUGCUCGUUUGGGGACAGCUUUUUGCAUGGGGUAGGAGCAUGUCUGUUUGACCACAUCAGUUUAUUCAAAAGCAAAAAUUUUUUUUAAAUAAGAUAAAUGUUAAGUUGAUUUAUAAGUGAGCCUGUUAAUUAAACCCCAGGUACUGCAUAUAAUUCCACAUCCCUUGACCAAUAAAAGUUGCU